AUGAGACAGCCCAAUUUCAAGAAACGGAAGAAGUCCCCUGACCACGAUAUCAUCCACCAUGCGGACGGUGAAGACCUAUGCACAGCGAAGCCUUCGGCCGUAUUCACUCCCACCGGAGGUAGAACGCAUACCUUGAGCGUUGCUAUUCCCGGAAGCAUCGUCGCCAAUGUCCCAUCCCUCGAGCAAAAGACGUAUCUCGCAGGUGCUAUCGCACGCGCCCUUGCAGUGUUCUGCGUAGACGAGGUGGUGGUAUUUGACGAUUUCGACAGCUACGGCAACAAUGGCAACGCUGAAAGCGGCCGAAAGGUUACUCUCCAGAACCGCAAACAACCCUGGAACGGAUACACUGCGAAUUCAGACCCCUCGCAUUUCCUAGCUCAUCUGCUCUCUUACCUGGAGACUCCGCCAUACCUCCGGAAAUAUCUCUUCCCCAUGCACCCCAAUCUUCGCACGGCAGGUAUGCUCCCCAGUCUGGACAUGCCGCAUCACCUCCGCCAGAAUGAAUGGUGCGAUUACCGCGAGGGCGUUGUCAUUUCUCGUCGAAAUAGCGGCAGCGAGGGGAAAGGGAGAAAGUCCAGCAAAGAUCACGGCGAAAAUUACGACAAUAAUACCAAUCACACUAAUGAUCACAAUCAAAACGGAGACACGGCAGUCACUGUCAUCGAUACAGGCCUCCACCAGAAGGUCAUGCUCCGAGACAUCGAACUCCCCGAACGAGCGCGAGUCACAGUCCGUUUCUUCUCCCAGGACCAACAGAUACAAGCCGAACCCGUCCACUCCUCCACCCCCCGUCAAGAAGCAGGAUAUUACUGGGGUUACUAUGUCCGCCGUUGUCGCUCACUGUCAGCGGUAUUCACUGAGUGCCCCUUUGACGGCGGCUACGACCUGUCCUUUGGCACGUCGGAACGAGGUGUCCCCGUCUCUGAUAUCAUGAAUGGCCAGUACGACGACAAAAGAAUUAAUGGCGGCGGUAGUAAAGGCGAUGAUGAUGAUGGUGAUACCACAGCCGUCUUCCCGGACUACAAGCACCUUCUCGUCGUGUUUGGCGGGGUCGCUGGCAUCGAGGUCGCUGUCCGGAACGAUCGCCAGUUACGCGGCAUGUCAAUGCGGCCUGUUGAUGCUAAUAAAUUGUUCGAUUAUUGGGUCAAUCUGCUGCCUGGACAGGGUAGUAGGACUAUCCGCACUGAGGAGGCGGUUUGGCUUGGGCUGACGAGUUUGAGGCGCCUGGUGGAGCGGAAGAAUCAUGGUUAUGGUUAUCGCCAUACAGACGGGCCUGUAAAUCAGAAGAGGAGAACCAGAGGAGAUUAUUGA